UACACGAACUAUAAAUCAAAAUACAUAGAACUUUUUGGAAUAGUUUUCUGGCGGAAGCGGGAACUUCAAAAACAAAUACGACCAAUCAAAAUAUUGAUGGGAGACAUGCUGGAAGCGGCGCCGCCACCAAAGGAGCUGCCGGGCAAGGCCAAGGCGCAGCCAAAGAGCGUGAUGCCCUCCAAGCCAAAAAAGGGCAGCGUACUCAGCGCCAUAGAGGACAUACAGCGCAUGUCACCGGAGGCGAUUUGUCUGGAGUUCGAUCGUCUGGUGGAGCACACAAAGCGCCACUUCAAGGAGGAACCGCAAAUGCCCUGCACGGGCGUCGCAACGCAGCUGCUGCGCUGCCUGCAGAAGCAUCGACAGCAGUCGUUCCAGUGCUUCGAUGCGAUGGACGAGUACCGGCAGUGCAUCGGCCUGGCCACCCAGGAGCAUAUCGAUCAGCUGGCCGAGGAGGAGCGGCAGCGGCAACAGCUGCCGGUCGCGACGCCCAAAGCGAUGCCGGCGCCAUACAUGCAGGCCAACUCCAAUGAGCGUAGCCCUCGCAACUGGUACAAGCCCUGGACCUGGGUGCGCUAGCUACUCAUUCAGCCGCCAUCUCUUCCCAUUAAAGUGCACCCAACUGCCCAAGACCAUACAAAUAGGUAUUAACAAAAUUGCAGGCAGCUGUGUUCUGCUUUGGAUGCAGCUGCCCAUUCGCCGUCUGCCCUCGGAUAAAUCCUUUUACUAAUUAAAAUGGCAACGACUUGACCAG